UCUCUGUUUCUUGGUCCUUGUCACCCUCUCUGAUCUGCUGUCUCUACCUGUCCUCUGUCAAUGUCCCUUUCCAUCUCUUUGGGUCUUGUUUCUUGUCUCUCCUGUUCUUUCUACCUCUGUCUGUCGAUCUCUGGGAAAGCUAUCUUUCUGCUUUUUUUCUUGUGGCCCCCUUACACUUCCCUGAAACAGUGACCAGCUCCUCUUGUGCUGGGGGUUGUGGGGGCAGCAGGGCCCAACACUCAUAAUUCCCACCCCCACAGGCGGCCCUUUCCUCUGGGCCCCGCCUGGUGCCAGCCCCCUCACCAGCGGGGGGACUGCGCCUGGAAGCUGUAAUGGAGGCCCUGCAGAGGCAGCAGGCAGCCCGCCUGGCCCAAGGGGUGGGGCCAUUGGCCCCCCCACGCUCACUGCCACCACCACUACCUCCUUUGCCUGGCCCCCGGACCCUGCAGGCCCCUGAGGGGGCCUUGGGGGAGGUUGGGACUGAAGAAGAGGAGGAUGCUGAAGAGGAUGAGGAAGGGGAGGAAGCCGGGGCAGAGGAGGAGGCAGCCGAGGAGAGCCGUCCAGGGACACGGGGCCCCAGCUCACCUUCCAGCCAACCCCCUGGACCUCAUCCCCAUGAAUGGACCUACGAGGAACAGUUCAAGCAGCUGUACGAGCUUGAUGCAGACCCCAAGAGGAAGGAAUUUCUGGAUGACCUGUUUAGCUUCAUGCAGAAGAGGGGGACGCCAGUGAACCGUGUGCCCAUCAUGGCAAAACAGGUGCUGGACCUGUACGCGCUCUUCCGUCUGGUGACAGCCAAAGGUGGCCUGGUGGAAGUCAUCAACCGCAAGGUGUGGCGGGAGGUCACGCGCGGCCUCAGCCUGCCCACCACCAUCACGUCGGCAGCCUUCACACUACGCACCCAGUACAUGAAGUACCUGUACCCCUACGAGUGCGAGACGCAGGCACUCAGCUCCCCGGGGGAGCUCCAGGCAGCCAUCGACAGCAACCGACGCGAGGGCCGUCGUCAGGCUUAUACCGCCGCCCCGCUCUACGGCUUAGCUGGGCCUACCCCUCGGGGAACCCCGGGCCACCUCUCGGUUCCGGGCGCCGCCCAGCUGACGCCUACGCCCAGCCCCGGUGCUGCCCAGGGCUCCGCCUCAGGCCUGCCCGCCCACGCCUGCGCGCAGCUGAGCCCGAGCCCCAUUAAGAAAGAGGAAAGCGGAAUUCCAGCCCCUCGACUGGCACUGCCUGUGGGCCUGGCUUUGGGAACUGCAAGGGAGAAGUUGGCACCAGAGGAGCCGCCAGAGAAGAGGGCUGUGCUGAUGGGGAACAUGGACCCACCUCGACCUGGAGUUCCCCCCAGUUUCCUGCCCCGUGGCAAGGUUCCCCUGAGGGAAGAGCGGCUGGAUGGGCCUCUCAAUCUGGCAGGCAGUGGUAUCAGCAGUAUCAACAUGGCACUAGAGAUCAACGGGGUGGUCUACACUGGUGUCCUCUUUGCCCGUCGCCAGCCUGUGCCAGCUUCCCAGGGUCCAACCAACCCUGCACCUCUUCUCCCUACAGGAUCCCCUUCCAGCACCUCACCAUGAGAACUCCCACUUGGAAUUAAGAGUCCCAGCUCCAAUGCUGAGGGGAGGGGAGGAGACAUCCCCCA